AUGGCGCAACAAUUCCUUGCCGACCGCAAUGGCUGGUUGUCGUUCAGGAGCAGCACUCCUGUGCUGUACAUCACCGCCGAAGAUACCGAGUUCGAUAUGGAGACGAUGAAGGCAUGGCGCGAUGAGGGCUUCAUUGUUGAAUACAUACCCUUCGGAAAAGGCGGGAAGCAAUAUGUGCAAACGCUGCACAAGUUGGGCGACAAGAUGGGCAUUGGCGAGCGGUACGCGAUCGUAGCCUUCGGUGACGCUGCAGCCGUAUGUCUAGAUGUUUUCUCAGAACCCAAGACUGCGACCUCGAAACUCUGCUCCCUUAUCGCUUACUACCCAACCUCCAUUCCUGAUACGCGACAUCGCUUUACGUCCUCCUUCCGCGUGCUCGUACAUCUUGCUGAAGGUACAUCCGACAACGAUACCACCAUCGGCGUGACGCGUCGCCCCGAAGUCCUAGGUAUACAAGGCAAACGGAAAACGGUGCAGAAGCGCGUUACACACGGCAUUGGUGCAGGGGGUUUACAAGACAAAAUCCUGUACCCUUGCUUUACGUAUGAAGGCGUAGAUGCCGGGUUCGCUGAACAUGAUCUGGAUCAGUACGACGCCGUCGCCGAUGCACUCGCUUGGAGUAGAAGCUUGAGUACGGUUCGUAAGGGUUUCAGCGCCGAGGUGGAUUUGGAGCGGGUUUUGGAGGAAAACGAAGAGCAAAAAUACCGCGGCAAAUCCCUCGAUAAACUCCUAGAAACCUACACCAAGAAACCCACACCCUACAUCAACUUCACACCAACCAUGACCGGUGGAAGCGGACUUCCGGACCUAAAGCGCUUCUAUCGCGACUACUUCCUCAAAACCUCUCCACCGUCGCUACACAUGCGGCUUAUCUCGCGCACAAUCGGCGUCGACCAGAUUGUAGAUGAACUCUAUAUCCAAUUCAAGCAUACCUGCCAGAUGCCGUGGAUCCUUCCCGGCGUUGAACCCACGAACCAGAAAGUUGAGAUAGUAGUGGUGAGCAUCGUUGGGUUCAGAGCGGGGAAGGUGUGGUCUGAGAGGGUCUAUUGGGACCAAGCUUCUGUAUUAUUCCAGGUCGGUCUGUUGGACCCUGAAGAGGUGCCGAAGGAAUUCAAGAAGAAGGAUGACGAAGAAGAUGGACUGGAAAUGUUACCAGUUAGUGGAAGUGAGGCUGCGAGGAAAGUCAUGGAUGUGGAGAGUGAGGAGUUUAAUGAUAUGAUUGAUGAUUGGUAA